CGCGCAGCCCAGGGGACGCGCUUCCCUAGGGCACGCGCGCCAGAACCCUGACUGAGUGGAAACCGAAGACGCGCGCGAGAGGGCCGCGCAGAGCAUGAAGAGACAAGGGGCCUCCUCCGAGCGGAAGCGCGCGCGGAUCCCUUCCGGGAUGGCUGGAGCAGCAAAUGGAUUUCUCAUGGAAGUGUGUGUUGAUUCAGUAGAGUCUGCUGUAAAUGCAGAAAGAGGAGGUGCUGGUCGGAUUGAAUUAUGUUCUAGCUUAUUGGAAGGAGGAACAACACCCAGCAUGGGUGUCCUUCAAGUGGUGAAGCAGUGUGUCCAAAUCCCAGUUUUUGUGAUGAUUCGGCCACGUGGAGGUGAUUUUUUAUAUUCAGAUCGUGAAGUUGAGGUGAUGAAGGCUGACAUUCACCUUGCCAAGCUUUAUGGUGCUGAUGGCUUGGUAUUUGGGGCAUUGACUGAAGAUGGACACAUUGACAAAGAAUUGUGCAUGUCCCUUGUGGCUAUUUGCCGUCCCCUUCCAGUCACUUUCCACCGAGCCUUUGACAUGGUUCAUGAUCCAAUGGCAGCUUUGGAGACUCUCUUAACCUUGGGAUUUGAACGAGUAUUGACUAGUGGGUGUGACAGUUCGGCACUGGAAGGGCUACCCCUAAUAAAGCGACUCAUAGAUGAGGCAAAAGGCAGAAUUGUGGUCAUGCCAGGCGGAGGCAUAACAGACAGAAAUCUACAAAGGAUCCUUGAGGGUUCAGGUGCUACAGAAUUCCACUGUUCUGCUCGAUCUGCUAGAGAUUCGGGAAUGAAGUUUCGAAAUUCCUCUGUUGCCAUGGGAGCCUCCCUUGCUACCUCAGAAUAUUCUCUAAAAGUAACAGAUGUAACCCAAGUAAGGACUUUGAAUGCUAUUGCAAAGAAUAUUCUGGUUUAGCCACACUUCUCUGAGAGAAUGGAUGUCGCAGGAUAAAGGUAAAGGAGUGGUCUUCACUUCUCUGUGACACAGCUUUUACCUUCUUUUCUGGCCAGGACAGUCACAGUGUUUGUUUUGAGUCUCACAUGGCCUUGGAGAAUGUUUCUAAGAAGAAAAGGAACUUGAAACAGAUCUACAAUCACUUGCUUUGCUUAAUCUUGCUAGCCAUCUCCAUCAUCAUGGGUAAAUCUGGUCUAUGCUUCCUCCACAGACAGAGAUUUAGUCUGUUUUCAGUGGAAUUAAUGAUGAACUGAGAAAAUUCAACUGUAGGGUAUGAAUUGAGAGUGUGACUUCAGGGUCAAUUUAAUAGCAGUUUUUGCUUUUUCCUUUGUAAAAUAAAAAUUUCUAUUCUGUUA